GCCAUGAGGGCGUGCGUGCGUCCUCCCGCGGGGACGACGGCGAUGGCGGCGGCGCGCACGCAGGUGUCUGUGACCUUUGAUGAUGUGGCUGUGACAUUCACCCAGGAGGAAUGGGGGCAGCUGGACCCAGCUCAGAAGACCCUGUACCAGGAGGUGAUGAUGGAGACCUUUGGGCUCCUGGCCUCACUGGGGCAUCCUGUUUCUAAGCCUGUGCUGAUGGACCAACUGACCCAUGGCCAAGAGCUGUGGAUGGUGACACAGGGCCUCUCCAAAAGCACCUGUCCAGAAACCAAGGCCGCGGAACUUACUACCUGUGAGACAGCCGUGCGUGAGGGAGUCUCGUGCCAGGGAGUGUUGGCACAAGUUACAGGUCAGGAAGGCUCAUCAGAAUGGCAGGAAGGGCUCUUGAGUGCAGGAUCAAAUGCUCUGAGUGCUCAGAGGGAAGAGCUCCCUGGGAACGUGAGCCUUGGAUGGGAAGGCUUCAGGGAGGCUCAGGACGUGUGUUCCACCGUGGUCCCGGGGCAGAUCCCUCCGCAAGAUGCUCUUCAUGACUGUGACCCUGCUGGGUCAGACAGGGACCCCAUGGCUCAGGAGGAAGAAAAUCCCUUUAAGUGCAGUGAGUGUGGGAAAGGGUUCAACAAGAAACGUCUUCUUGCUCGGCAUGAGAGGAUCCACUCUGGAGUAAAGCCGUACGAGUGCACAGAGUGUGGCAAGGCCUUCAGCAAGAGCACGUACCUCCUGCAGCACCACAGGGUCCACACAGGGGAGAGGCCCUACCAAUGCGGAGAGUGCGGGAAGGCCUUCAACCGCAAGUCCCAUCUCACCCAGCACCAGCGCAUCCACAGUGGGGAGAAGCCCUACAAGUGUGGGGAGUGUGGGAAGGCCUUCACCCACCGCUCCACCUUCGUCCUGCACAAUAGGAGCCACACUGGAGAAAAACCGUUUGUGUGCAAAGAAUGCGGGAAAGCCUUUCGAGAUAGACCGGGUUUCAUUCGACACUACAUCAUCCACAGUGGGGAGAAUCCCUACGAGUGUUUUGAGUGCGGGAAGUUCUUCAAGCACAGGUCAUACCUCAUGUGGCACCAGCAGACGCACACGGGGGAGAAGCCCUUCGAGUGCAGUGAGUGCGGGAAGGUGUUUUGUGAAAGCGCUGCCCUGAUCCACCACUAUGUCAUCCACACGGGAGAGAAGCCCUUUGAGUGUCUCCAGUGCGGGAAGGCCUUCAACCACAGGUCCUACCUCAAGAGGCACCAGCGCAUCCACACUGGCGAGAAGCCUUAUGUGUGCAGUGAGUGUGGAAAAGCCUUCACCCACUGCUCCACCUUCAUCCUGCACAAAAGGGCCCACACCGGAGAAAAGCCUUUUGCAUGCAAGGAAUGUGGGAAAGCCUUCAGCAAUAGGGCGGACUUGAUCCGACACUUCAGCAUCCACUCUGGGGAGAAGCCCUAUGAGUGCAUGGAGUGUGGGAAGGCCUUCAACCGAAGGUCAGGCCUUACGCGGCACAAGCGGAUCCACAGUGGGGAGAAGCCCUAUGAGUGUAUUGAGUGUGGAAAGUCGUUCUGCUGGAGCACAAACCUCAUCCGACACGCUGUCAUCCACACAGGGGAGAAGCCCUAUGAGUGCGGCCAGUGUGGCAAGGCCUUCAGCCGCAGCUCCUCCCUCUGUCAGCACCAAAAGAAGCACAGAGGAAGAAACCCUGCCAGUGUGGCAGGUGGCGGGAGGACUUUCACGAGCGGUCAGACUUCUGUGGACAUCCAGGAACUUUUGCUGAGGAACGACUUCUUAAAUGUCUCUGUGGAGGGAAAUCGUUUACAGGCAACUGAUCAUUCAUACCAAAGAGAAACCCCUGUCACAGAGUCGUGUACCUGAAGACUGCCUUGAGAAACUCACCCACCCAGCUCAGAGCAUUCUCUGUGCAAGAUUUCAUCCAGGAGGUUCUUUGGGGUUUGUGCACUUGGGAAGCCUUCAGCCACAUCUCUCCUACUUCACAGUGCAGUGUUCUCUCAGGAAUUUUUAUACAGGGGAGGCAAUAGAGAAGAAAAUCCAGCUCUGCUUUCAUAUGGCCCCCUCCGAUCUCUGGUCCUGGUCCUCGGAGUUCCUCAGUUAUUUAAGUGGAGAGGAUUGUGGUUCAGGAGGUGAGGACACAGGCAUGUGUGUCUUGUGUGCACAUUGCUGUUCACUGUCAAGGGUCAGACGUGGAGGCUGGAGUGGAGACUUGCCAUGUUUUUAUUCUACAGCAUUGAGCCUAUUCUCAUGGAGCACAUGUUCUUGUGAGAGAUAUGAAGUUUUGCUUUAUGAACUACUUUUAUACUCCUUGUGGGCACGAGCGAGUGUGUGUGUGUAUGUGUGUGUGGUGCUGGGAAUUGAACUACCACCUUGAGCAUGUUAAAUAGGAGCAUGCUAAGCAUGUACUAAUCACUCUCUCUCUAAGGACUGAGGAGUAGAUGGGCCCAUUGUAACCUACUGUUUAAGGCUUGUUUUAAGUGUUUGACUUUUGUGGUUUUAAUAACACUCUGAUUUUUA